AUGUCCGAUUUAAACGAUGGAAACGCCGCCCUCAAGGAUCUUUUGGACCAAGUAUUGAAGCGGAGGGAUAUCAGGCUGUGUCGCCACCCUUACGUCGACGCAGACAGCAACGUUAUCAUGGAGGGCGCAUUCGAACGCCUGGUCGAUGAACAGAACCUACAUGGCCUUUCCAACACCAGCAAAACAGAAGUCUUGCAAGCACUUCUAGAACUGCAGAUAAGUGAACUGUGUGGAGGUUUUGAAAUACAAAGCCGCGACAACCGCACAUCGUUUGCCGGACAUUCGUCUCCUUCGGGGUCCACUUCCGGAAAUGCGAGCAACGAGGUUCAAGUGCUCGAUGAACAGUUCUCAAGCGUCCAUUCGUCUGCCAACCAAAAGAAGCGAGCGCCAGUUGUAGUUCCAGAUGAACAAGUCUCGAUUGGGCAGGUGGGUCGCCCCUUGAAUGCGUCACUCAAGUCCUCGUUGGACAACCCUAUCUUCAUCGAGACAACCGCAACCGGCCAAGACGUCUUCGUGCUCGAUCAUGAUGAAAACGAAGCAGCAACGGCGUGCAAGUCUUCCGAGAGCAAUUUAAAACGUCUGCAGCAGAAGGACCAAGCCCUCGAAAAUGCUGUGUCCAACGACGACCUCGAUUACGUCUUCGACGCACUGAAAAUCAAGGACAGCCUCCGAACGAAACUCCGGCAGGAUUGCGGCAUCACGACCAUGGCAGCUCUUCUUGUCUACCAGAAUCAUUUGGAGGUGGCGCAACUUCAACGUGGGGAUUCUGACAUUCAAAAACGACUUGCAAGGGUUUGCACCUUCUACAAAGACUACCGUUGUGAAGUGCAAAACGAUAAGACAAUAUCUUGGCGCCAGUUUUACGAAGAAAGACAAAAGUUACACACCUGGUAUGAUCAUGCAAAACAAGUCGUCAGCACCGAAGGCACGGGGGGCUUUAAUAUGCUAUCAGAUGCACAGCAUCAACAGCUGUACGAGUACACUGCAAAGCUUGUUGUUGACGGUUUGAGCAAUGAACUAAGAGACCAGUGCAAUUUCCCGCUCGAAAAUUAUACCUCAAGGUUUGCCAAGGCAAUCAUGAACCUCUCAAGUGGCUUGCCCUACCCUCGUCCGAUCCUGGCUCACGGACCCACGCAAGGAGGAAAAUCCCCACUGACUGCGGUAGCCGCGAUCCUUUGUCCGCAACUCAGAAAGGCAAUCAAGAAGCUCAAGGAUUUGCGAGUUGCCAGAACGCAUAUGCGAUUCGUGGUGAUCGUCGAUGAAUGCGAUGCCUUAAUUCGUACGAAGGAGCGAAAGCAAAAAGUUGAACAAGCCUUUGAUGACCUUUUGAAGCACAUGCCAGCAUUGAAGCUGUUUGUAUCAGCUACCAUUGUCCCCUCUAUGGUUGACAGUCAAGAUUUUGAGUUGAUGACGAUAUCUCCGGGCGAGAACUAUUCUGGAAUCGAGAAUAUGCGACCCUUGCAGCGUGAAGGAAAAGACCUGUGCCUGAAGACGAAGAGUCUCUCCCACAAAACUGGGGUGCCAUUUCACUGUCGGCCGUCCAAUCUCUCUGAGCAAGAUACUACGAAACUUUUUUCCGAAUCAUAUCUGAAAUUCCCUGACUGCAAGCAAUGCCGAAAAGUUCGACUAGAGAUGAAGUCGCAGUGCACCAAACAUGAUGACUUCAUCAAUCCCAACAGGCGAUGGCCAUUUUCCAGGUGCCUCAAUUACAUACCCUAUACGUGCGCAAAGACGAUGCUCUUGUAUCGGGACGCAUUGUCAGACCCAGACAAGAAGAAAGGUGUUCUGGUGUUGGAUGCUACAGGACCUCGAGCAUGGGUUCCAGGCAACAUCUUUGAGAAAGCUGUUUGCAUCCAGGAUACCUUCCGUCAGGAGAAGAGAGACAUUGCCAUUGUCAUCUUUGUUGGCGACGGAAUCUACUACCGGCGUCCAGGCUUCGAACAAGGCCGUUGCGUGAAGGGUCGGACAAUUGGCACUGUCAUCGAACAGCUGGACCGCGAGUUGGGGCUCGAAGUGCCGAUUUUUGUUUUUGGAUGGUUGAAGAUGCAACGUUGUAUUUCGUUUCGAUCAAACCAGCGCGUUCCUACUCAUUUUGUGUUGCACUUGGGCGCUAGAUUCAGCAUCGAGAGUGUCAUUCAAGCUCGUGGGCGUGGAACAGGCAAUUUCAAGGACGUCCUUGAGGCGAACGGACACGACUGCGUGACUAUCCUGGAACCAAAAGAGCACCGACAAGCUUGCAGAAAGUAUUACGGUUAUCAGGGUGAAGUCCAUGACAAGAUGGAAUCAGGUGAAAACUCUCAGGAUGCCAUUGUGGGAAAGGGAAGCGAGUUUUCUGACGAAGCCAACUUUUUUCGCCAUACAAACCGCAGAGUGGGCCAGAGGAAGGAUCUCAGGAUGCUUUUGCCUGAUCAAGACAGGUUUGGAGCUCCGACGAACUUUGAGGACGAGCUGGAGUUGAAGGAUAAGUACUGUGAUCAUACCUUGGCUCAAAGGGUUUUCCAGUCAUUCUCUUAUUUGGCUACUGAAGACGGAAAAGCAGAAUGCACGGAGGAUGACAUCAUUGAGAAAUUUGAGGAUACGUAUCAAGACAAUGACCCUGACCAUGAAUUCAAGCUCACAAAAAAGAAUCUGCGGGAGUGCUUGAAGCAGCUGAUGGAGGAUGGCAUUAUCGAGAAAGUGGAAGGGGCCCCAAAAACCUGGAAGGCCAAAUCCUUGGCAACCCUUGAAUUCUUGACCAACGAAGAUUGA